CUUUCAAAAUAUCAUUUGUUUUUAUUUGUUUCUAAAUUUGUAAUGCAUUGCAGAUUUGAACCUAGUAGUGUGCACACAAAUAUUAUGUCUUGCAUUAAGCGGAUAUUCCAUGAGGCAGUUAAAACUUUUAAAACUGCUCCUCAACAUCUUAAGGAUGUUUGGUUUAAUGAAUUCAAGAAACGACAUGAAUGGGAUCUUAAUGACGAGGAUACUGUUCGGAUGAUAUUUGAGAAAAGGGCUGCUAAAUUGCUUGCUAACGCGUUAAGUGAUGUGCGCACAAGAUUGGCAUCAGGAAAUGGAGUACCAGGAUGGAUAUCUGAUCUUGUAUUGGCCCAAUACCAUGUCAUAUGUAACAACAAUGAAUUCAAGAAGAUAAGUGAGAAGAAUAAGCGUAAUAGGAACUCAGAUUGUGGAGGAAUAGGUCCAUCAUUACACACUGCAGGUUCUAUCCCUAUCACCGAACAUAGAAGAAGACUAAAAGAAAAGCUUGGAAAGGAACCUACUUAUACAGAACUAUUCAAUGCUACGCACACACUUAAACGAGGAGGAGGAUAUGUAUGCUGA